UAUAUUGAGACAAAUACAAAAACGGCAACAAAAUGCGCUUCACCUACAAUCAGUAUAAAUAUUACGAGUCCGGCUAUCGUAUUCCAUCCAAAAUGCACAAUCUGGGCCAUCAUCAUGGCAAUGGUACUGCCGGUAAAAUCAACAACAACAACAAUAACAACAACAGCAACACCAACCAUAGUAACAGCAGCAACAACAACAAUGGCAGUGGCCAUCAUCACUACAAUCACCACCACAACAACAGCAACAACCACAAUAAUUCCAAUACAAAUGCAUACCAACAUCAUUACAAAAGCAAUUUUGGGAUGCGCAUGACGAUAUCCACAAACUCGACAAUGAGUCCUCGCAUCCAUCGCAAAGGCUUUCGGAUACCAUCGAAGAGACAGACGGGCAAGGGAUUGCCCGGUAAAUUGCACACCAUUGCCAGGACGGGGCCCGGAAAGCUGGUGCCGGGGAAGCGAAUACCACAGCGACCGCAUCCGCCGCCCUGUGACAAUUCCAAUGACAGUGGCCUGGGUUUCGAUCAGCAUACGGAGCUGCGAAAUGGUUCAGCAGCAGCAACAACAGCAACAACAACUGCUGCUGGUACUGCUGUCGAUGUCAGUAACAAUGGUCCAAGCAGUAGCAGCAGGAGCAGCACCAGCAGCAACAGCAAUCAGAUCACAAAUCUGGUGAUAAAUAGCGACUUGACUAACACAGUUGCCGCAGCAGCAGCAGCUGCAGCUGCAGCGGCCGCCAGCAACACAUUGCAGCAGCAUCACCAACAGCAACAGCAGCAGCAUGUACAGUUGCAGCAACAGCAACAGCAACAUCAGCAGCAGCAACAUUCACCGCAGCAGCAUUUAAUACGCGCGAUACCCGUUUCAAGAUCGCAUCAUGCCAAGAAAAUGCUCAACUAUCUGGAUGAAAUCGAGUCGGACUCGUCGAUAUCAACAUUUGUGGAUGAAAUAGCAACAGCUCACAGCAAUGACGAGGACACUGGCUUUGGCACCGACAGCAACCAAACAAUGACAACGCCAGCGGCAGCGACAACAGCCUCAUCGUCGUCAUCUCCGUCUUCGUCUUCGUGUUCGUCUUCGUGUUCGUCAACGCCAACGUUGAGCUCAGAACUGUUUGGGGGCAUCUUCAAUACAAGCAUGGGUCACAAAACUACCGAGUUGGAUGUUGCCAAUGCCAUUGCUGUACAACAGCAACAACAGCAGCAGCAACAGCAGCAGCAACAGCAGCAGCAACAGCAGCAGCAGCAACAGCAACAUUACCAGCAGCAACAGCAGCAAUUUCAUUAUCCUGGAUUACAUUUGCAGCUACAGCACCAACAACAGCAACACCAGCAGCAUGAGAGCAGCAGCAGUUGCAGCAACAGUAGCAGCAGCAGCAGCAGCAAUGGCUCUGUCGGUGGAGGAGAUGGUCGUGGUGGUGGCAAGCAUUUAAAGCGCAAAAAAUAUGAAUGCAAUCAGGUGGAGCUCGACAACGAUGAUGCGUGCAGCGAGGAUGAGUUUAUACGCAAAAUUGCCACAGUUGCUGCAGACAGUACUGACGUCAGCAGAGUCGUCAAUGCCGGCCCCAAAAUCAACAACAAAAUCCAUUGCAGGAUCAGCAGCAAUCAUCACAGCAAUGAGCCAAAAUUCAUUGGAACGCGCACCGUGACGCGUGUGGCGAACAAGAGGCAACCGACGACGCCACUGAACAGCAUCGCCAGCUCCAAUGAUGGCCAUGUCCAACUGGAGAUUGUGUCGCAGCCAGAGCAACAGCAUCGCGCUCGCUACCAGACCGAGGGUAGCCGCGGCGCCGUCAAAGAUCGCAGCGGCAAUGGCUUCCCCAUUGUCCGGCUAACCGGCUACGUUAAGUCCGCCGUGCUUCAGGUGUUCAUUGGCACGGACAUUGGACGCGUUGUCCCCCACAUGUUCUAUCAGGCGUGCAAGGUGGCCGGCAAGAAUUCAACGCAGUGCAACGAGAAGAAAGUCGAUGGCACCAUGGUCAUUGAGAUUGACUUCAAGCCCGAAACGGAUAUGACCGUCACCUGCGAUUGCGUUGGCAUACUCAAGGAACGCAACGUCGAUGUGGAGCAUCGUUUCCCCGAGCAUCUGGCGCAAAAGAACAAGAAGAAGUCAACACGUUGCCGCAUGGUAUUCCGCACUCAGCUAACAAAAGAUGAUGGCAGCACCGAAACGCUGCAGGUCUGCUCCAAUCCCAUCAUAUGCACUCAGCCACCCGGUGUUCCAGAGAUUUGCAAGAAAUCACUGAACUCUUGUCCCGUUGAUGGCGGCUUGGAGUUGUUCAUCAUUGGCAAGAACUUUUUGAAGGACACACAUGUUGUGUUCCAGGAGACGUACGACAGUGUCAAUGGCGAUGAUCCCGCAACGGAAAUAGCCGUACGCCAGCAGCUCAUCGGUGGCACCGCUGCUCUAUGGGAGCAGAGCGUACUGCCCGAUAAGGAGUAUUUGCAUCAGACGCAUUUGAUCUGCACAGUGCCGCCGUAUUUGCAUCAGAACCUGCUCAAGCCGGUCAGCGUACAGGUGUCCAUUAUAUCGAGCGGCAAGAAGAGCGAACCGCACACCUUCAUCUAUACACCCAAGGGCAGCUAUACGACACUAGCGGCGGCCAGCACGUUAAGUAGCACAAUGCAUAGCCAAGAUGGUGGCAGUUUCAUGGACACCAGCAGUGCACCAUCCACUGGCAACUCAGUCUGGACGAAUAGUGGCAGCAAUGCCGCCACUGGAGCGAACGUUGUCGAGACGAAGCAUGAGCUUGAUUUGGGCAUGAUGCCGCCACCGAUAACCACACAAAUACCGAUGGGAUUACGUCGAUCCUCGUUGUCUGGGUCCACACCGAUGAUCACCGAUCAGCAGCAACAACAGCAGCAACAGCAACAGCAGCAGCAGCAGCAGCAGCAACUGGUGCAUCUUACCGCUGAGGCGGCACUGAAAAGUGAACUGCUCGAUGAGAAUAGUUCGCAUAGUCCGCGCACCGCACAGGACAACAAUAGCAGCCUCCACUCACCGGAGGCACUCAUCAAUCCAUGCAGUCCCAAUGCUCUACAAUAUCAUGCACACUACGCACGCAAGAACAGCCUGGAUGCGAUCAUGUACGAUCAGUCGAAUAGUAUGCCCGGUUUUCCGGUUGCUGCCACAACGACCGUUGAUCUGGAUCCCGCCGCUGUUGCCGUCGCCGUUGAGCUGGCCGUUAAGCAUGAGAUUGUCAAGCAUGUGGUGCAGCAGCAUCAACAGCAUCAGGCACCGGCACAGCAACAGCAGCAACAGCACAAGUUCAUUGAUGAUCUAACCAAAUCGACAACCGUUGUCAAUAGUAAUGGGACAAGUGAGCCGGCGCUCUUUACCACAGCAGCGGUGAUUGAUCAUGCCCUAACCGAUAUUCUCCAACAGAAGGUGGGCGUUUUAUCGCACACAUCUGCCACAUCCGCGCCCAGUGUGCUGAAGCGCAGCCUUUCGAUCAGUAGCAACAAUUCAAAUAGCUCCCAUUCGAGCAGCGAUACACAAUCGCCAAAUAGUUCGCCACUCACGCAGGACAUCAUAUUGAACUCGGAGCCGGCAGCAGCACUUGGCGCUGGCCUCCAACAAUUGGCAACUGGGCCCGCGGUUGCUGGCGGAGGCGUCAACAGUACCAGCGGCUCAUUAUCCACCGAUAUCAUUAUGAAUCCAGCUGUCUCACCAUCGACCAUACUCUGUUCGGCAAAUGGGGCAGCGACUGCCGUUGUGCCCAAUAUAUUGGCGCCACAUCAGGUGACGAUGGCCAAUUCGAUAUUGAAUGACAUUGCCAUGCAGGCGGAGCCAACGCAACAGGAUGCAGCGGUCGCUGCACUGGCAUUGAGCAACAUUAUGAUGAGUCCACCAAAUGCGGAUGUACACAAUACACUGCCACCGACACCAGUUGUUAUGCAACCGGAAGUGGCAGCCACAGCAACAUCAACGGCAGUCAGCAACAUGAUUAUUAAGGCAGCCGCCGAUUUUAUAACCACACAGGAGCAGGAGCAGGAGCAGCAUCAUUAUCAUCAUCAACAUCAACAUCCACAUCCACAUGCGCCACAACAGCAACAGCAGCAGGCGGGCAAUGCAGCUGCCACCACGAAUGAUCCACUUGUUAAUCUACUGUUAAAUCAUACAACGACCACAGAAACGGUUGCUGUGGAAGCGGCAGCAGCGGCGGCAGCAGCAGCAGCCGCUGCAGCUGUCUUUCCCACGCUGUCCGCUGUUCAUUUGCCCGUUGUGCCACCCACACCACAAGAAUCUCUCAUUGUCGCCCUCGCCACGGAGAAUGCGCUGCAGAAAUCGGUUGCCACCGCUGCCGUAACCACAAACGGUGCCGUAAUGACCCAACAGGCAUCGGCGCCCAGCAGCGCCGGCAGCAUUCUACCGGCGGCCGUUGGAGCUGUUGCUGCUGCCGCUGCUGUUGCUGUGCAGCCACCGAUACCUCAGGAGCUGACCACAAUGUCCGAUCAGGAUCUAAUCAGUUACAUCAAUCCGAGCACCUUCGAUCAGCUUUAAACAGCAACUGAUCAACAAAUUAAACUAUUGGGUUAUUUUAAUCAACUAAGGGGAAACCACACAGGCCUAAUCCUAAGCGUAUAAAUAUAUAUAUACACACACACACACACACACACACAAACACACACAUCAACAUUUUAAUGUGGACAAAAUUCUAUGGUACAAUUUUAAAUAUUUGGUAAGCAAAACUGAUUACCACCAAAGAGAAAAUGGCAACCGAAUGCGUUUCUCGCACACACAGACACACACACACACAGACACACACACACUUUUGUAGUUUUUUAA